AUGAACACUGAAAGCAUAGCAUCAAGUCUCGCAAUCCGUGGAAUUUUCUCGCCAGACAGCAGCGAUGACGCGUGCCGGUCCUGGUCGGCGGACGAUGCCGCAUCUCCUCUCACCGGCUCGCUCACCUUCCACAAAUUGAUGACCUACAUCUCUGCCGCUGCCGCAGUCAUCACGAUCCUCACAACGGGCACACUCGCCAUUGGCCACCUCUUCAUCUACCGCCAGCCUCGACUUCAAAGAUAUCUCGUCAGGCUGAUUCUCACCGCCCCUGCAUUCGCCAUUUGCUGUGCAAUUGGCGUCGCAGUCUAUCACGCCACGCCAUACAUCCUACCAUGGGCAGAGCUGUACGAAGCAUUCGCCCUGAUCGCUGUGCUGACUCUCAUGGUCAACCUCCUGACGCCCACAGCCUCCACCGGGGCAGAACAACUGAUCUUCUUCGCACGUCCCGAAAACGGAGGCACAGCAACAUAUGUGAAAUGCGAGUUCAUGGUUUUUCAACUUCUUCCGGUACGCUUCAUCCUCACCGUAGCCGAGAUCAUCAUCAGCGCCGCCUUCUGCAUCGGCAGCACCGCGAACCAUCGCGGACACCUGGUGAUCAGCAUCAUAAGUGGCAUCUCCACAGCAUUGGCCUUGGUCGCUCUGCUCAAGUUCCUGAAGCGUCAUAUCAAGGAGUUGAAGACCCGCGACAAGACCAUCGUUGGGAAGCUGGUCUGCUUCAAGCUGAUUGUCGCCAUUCAAAUGAUCCAGCGAAUCGUUCUGAACAUUCUCAGCAAUGCCAACGUGCUCAACGGAUCGUCGAAAUUCAGCUACCAUGAUCUGAAUGUUGGCUUGGGCCCAUUCCUGACCGCUGUGGAGGUCAUGCUUAUCGGACUGUUGAUGAUCUACUACUACUGGCCUGGCCAGUUCAGGAGUCGGCAGCUCGGGGCUGAGGUUGGGAAGGGUGAUGUCUCACAAGUGAAGCUCGGAGUCUUCGCUGCAGCCUGGGACGUUGUCAAUUUGAUGGAUGUGCUGAAAGGCAUAGUUCGAGCAGUGAAGGCGAAGGCUGGCUCAUCGUCUCGGACUGGUGGUGCCAAGAUGAUGUCGCCUCAACAGCGUUUUGAUGAACCGCCCCAGUAUCAGUAUCAGCAGUACCAGUGA